AGUGAUCUAUCGGCUGCAGAAAUUAAUCAGCAGCAAUGCAGUUAGUGAGAUGUCGAUGGAGGCGUUCAAGCGACAGGCGGAGAAUGCGUCCAAGACAGCUGAACAGUUCAUGGAGGAGUGUGAGCGUCUGAAGCUAACCAAUGCAAUUGCGAAGAGCGAGAAGUCCAAACCAACUGAUGAAAAGAUGCCAGCCGCCAAAGAGCCCGAGCGCUUCGGUGAUUUAGCUGCUGCUGCGAAAGAGGAUCUGAAACACCGAACAAGAUCUAAUCAAAGUCCUUCUUCGGAUGCUCCGAUUAGUGAAGGUGAUUCCAAAGUUCCUGAAUCUUCAUCAGAAGUCAACAAGAAAGACGACUAGUGUCACACACAUGAAUACUAUAUUUUACAACAGGACUGGUGGUUAUGGAAGUGAACAGUGGAUGGUAUCGAACUCAAAAUGUUUUUUAUCAGUUGUGCUAAUGUUAAUGAAUGUAUAAAUUGACAAUUUCAUAUCGCAA